CGUGGCCAGCAGGAGGCGCGGGCGUCCUAAAGGGCUGUGGUGCAAGUUCCCAGCAGUUACUUGCACUUGAUUUGUGUCUCGUGUGAAAUCGUUGGCUGCAAGUAACGGUCCUCAACGAUGCUGACGUUUACUUCGGAGGAGGUCCGCCAGCUCCUGCACAACAAGUUUGUGGUCAUCAUGGGCGACUCGAUCCAGAGGUCUGUCUACAAGGACCUGAUCCGCCUGCUCCAGACAGACUCGUUGCUCACCAGCGCCCAAAUGAAGGCCAAGGGGGAACUCCACUUCGAAAACGACUGCUUGCUGGAAGGUGGUCUGCUGGGUGGCCUUCACAAUGGGACAAACUACCGGGAGGUGCGCCAGUUCCACCAGCGCCACCAUCUCGUGCGCUUCUACUUCCUCACCAGGGUCUAUUCACCCUACCUGGAAAGCAUCUUGGACCACUUGCAGACCGGGCCACAGCCGGACCUCGUCAUCCUCAACUCUUGCGUCUGGGAUGUCUCAAGAUACGGCCCGUCCUCCAUGAAGAAAUACCGCACAAACCUGGAGAUGGCCUUCAACAGGUUGGAUGCCGCGUUGUCCCCAUCCUGCCUGGUCAUCUGGAACAUGACGAUGCCCCUGGGCCCCAAGGUGACGGGCGGAUUCCUCAUCCCAGAGCUCCAGCACUUGAGCCAGACCCUGCGCAACGACAUCAUUGAGGGCAACUUCUAUGGCGCCACCUUGGCUGGCCUCCACCUCUUUGACGUGGUGGACCUCCACUACCACUUCCGCUUCGACCUGGGCAACCGGGUGAAGGACGGCGUCCACUGGAACAACGUGGUGCACCGCAGGAUCACCCACUUGCUCUUGGCCCACGUGGCCGACGCUUGGGGAGUCAUCAUCCCGGAGAAGAAGAUACGGGGAGAUCUGAUGCAGGACAGGAAGCCACCCAUGACCUUCAACUUCCAGCCUGGGCAGCUGUUGUCACAUGGUCCUUCCUGGAGAUUCCCAGAGGAUCGCAACACCCAUCAGCCUCAUCCUGACUUCUUUGCAUUUCAUGACGAUUCCCUCCUCGUUCCUACUGGCGAUGGUUUAAACGAAUCUUUCUCGGGAUUCACCAGCUUUGAGGAGUCCGGUCUUCCACCGUUCCACCUGGAUGCUGUCGCCCUGGACCGCUUCUGCCACUUCGAGAGGGUGGACCCCAGCUUCUUCCGCUACGAUGCCGAAAACGUUCCCCCGAGGCCCGGCCGCCGGCGCAAGAGGGCUCCCCGUGGCCCUGAGCCCCGCCACAACCUGGUCAUGCGCCCACAGUCCUUCUACGCCCAGGACUACAGCCCUUAUAAGAGGGGCCGCGGAGCCACCUACGAGCGCUAUUGGAGCUAGGCUGGGCUUGGGAAAACCGCUUUUGGGAGCAGGGAAAAGAUUCACACCCUGCCGUCCACACACCAAGGCUGAUUUGCUCCUCUGUAUCAAUGUGCGGCAAAGUAUGGGGCAUGUGCGCAUCAUAGGCUUUGUGCCAAGUCUGCAUGGCUGGGAGGUUCAGUUUAGGGUUGGCUGACGUUUUGUAGUUUGGAUGAAAACUUUGGUAUGUGACUAAGGGUUCAUAUAGAAGUGACCUUUGGAUUUUGGAAGCAUGCGCUUUUGCAAAUCUGGAUGAUUGUAGCAAUGAUUUCCAUUUUGGGGUCUCCUUUUUGGAGGUGCAUUUGUGCCAGGAUUCUGGUUUUGCAGCCACCUGGUUUGAUUCCUGCAUCAUACCUGGCUGCUUUGUUCCACGGUUCAGAUAAUACGAUAUGGUCUUUGGUUACUUUUUUGUUAUCCAUUUGAAUUUUCUUUCCUGGACUCAAAGAUGCCUUGUUGCGGACGGAGAUGUUGUUGAGGCCAGUUUGAACUGCAUGCAUGGCCCAGUUUGUAUGUUUGAGUAUUAUUGGUGGAUGCAAUUUUCAGAAGUCUUCCAGUAUGGAUCUAUUUUGCAUUGAUUAUUUCCAAUAGUUUCCAAUAGUCGAAAAUGGUUGAGUUUUAUCAGAACACCCAUCUAAGAAAAGAUGCUUUUGGAAGUGGUUGCAGAUCGAAAUCUGGGUUCCUGUACCUUUAAGGACUGCAUAGAACAGGUAGGGCUCACUACACAACACCUGUUACAUUUCCAUCGGCUAUGCAAUUGCUAAAAGUAAGCAGCUAUCUCCACUUCUCACUUUAGAAUUCUUAGUUGUGGUCAUUUUGGGAAUAAUUUUAUAAAACCAAAGCUUAAUUGCUUUGGAGAAGAGAAUUGCCUUAUUACUUUUUUUUAAAAAAAGUUAUUUUCCUUUUUAUCUUUAGCAUUUUCACUUAGAGAACUUUGGCAGGAGGCUUUCAUCUGGAAAGUAAUUAUUAAAAAAACCCUUGAAAGAAUGAAA